CGAAAACAAUGAUUUUCAGUGAGCCAUAUAGGAAUUCCAACUUAAAAUAUUCAAGUAAGCUUGCGUGUUAAAACUUCCCAUACUACAUACAGAGGUGCAUCGUGCUCUUCUUUCGCAUGCUUAUCUAGCAAACGAAACCGGUGACGAUCACGAUACCUGCGCACUUCCGGAAGUACAUGUAGAAGCCAAGACGUAAACAAAGUGCGAACAAAAUGGCGUUAUACUUGGGAGCUUAGAUUCUUCGGUUUUCAAAGCAGAGAAUCAGUUAUAAGAACCUUUCUUUUUAUAAUACAAGACCAUGUAACAAUUUUCCUUGAGGUGAGGAUAACGAACUUUUUAAAAAGACAUACAUUGUAGACGUGUAGCUUGACAGAUACAGUACCAACAACCAUAUUCAAGUUCAUUGUGGCAUUGAAUCAAUAUGAGUUCUGUGUGGACCUUAACCAGGAUAGGAUAUACCCUGUGGGGGACUACUUGUGGUCUGGGGGCACUGACCAUGGUGCUACUGAGACAGAGACCCAGCAAUGGCAUAUUUGUCAUCUACCUGCAGUACCUAGCCACUCAUGCUAUUUUCUCAGCAUUGAAAGUAAUUCAGGGAGGAGUGGAGACCAGCAGUGUCAAUGCAAUCCUCAAUUAUUUCAACAAUAUCCUGCUGUUGUUUGCUGCAAGCACCUACUUUCGCCUAGCUUCUGUGAUAUACUUCAGGAUGAUGCCGCCAAUCCAUCGCUAUCUCACCAUAGCAGCAUGGGGAUCUUUCGCAGUCUUUGCUAUUGUACUGACCAUCACUACAUAUGCUGCAAAACUAGUAGAACAGGAAAGUAUUGUAGUGUUUGUGUACUACUGUCCAUGUGCUCUGUUUGCCUUAGUGGGCCUUUAUAAAGUGUACUGCAGUGUUCUGAGAGGAGAACUACUACCUGAAAAUGACCACUUGAUGUCCUCUAGACCCUGGGUGUCCUGUGUGGGAAGACCCAUUGGAUACGUCCUGCUUGGUGUCAUAGGAGGCACAAUGGGGAUGAUAGACUAUUUUAUAGUGGUGCUACCUGCAGUUGGGGUGGCCAUAUGGGAGGCAGAAUUCCUGAGCAGACUGCUGGACUGCGUUUUCUACAUUCCGUUGGUUAUUCCAUGUCUGUUGUGGCUGGAUUGCCCGGAAAACUUUCCAAUGAAAGAUACUAGAUGAAAAACUUCAAAACUAUUUGUUUCUGUGUUUGUGUCAAACGUUUUACUUUGGUGUGAAGAAUGCUUCUUAAUGGGGCAUACAUUGUUAAAAACUGUACAGAGAAUUAUAGAUACAAAACAUUUACAAUGAUGUAUACAUAUAUGCAUACAGAUUAGUAUUUUUGAAAGUCCAUUGUACAAAAGUUAUGUAAUCAAUCUAAUAAAGAGACCAUGACAUAAGGAAGAUAUAUGCAUACAGAUUAGAGUAUUUUUGAAAGCCCAUUGUACAAAAGUAAUGUAAUCAAUCCAAUAAACAGACCAUGACAUAAGGAAAAUAUAGGUACAGACCAAAUAUGAGGUGAGGUAUGUAUUUAAAAUUUGUAAAUAAAGAUUUGAAAUUCAUUCUUUUUUAACAUCUACCCUAUACUGAGUAGCUAAUGAUUCAUCAUUGACAAAUGCAGUUAAUUGUAUUGGAUGAUUUAUUUUGGCCCUGUAACUAUUUUUUUUUUUUUUUUUUUUUUUUUUUUUUUUGCCAAAUUCAUAUGGGAUUUUAUGAUUUUAUUUUAACUUAUUGAUAAGAGUGCUUGAUACCAAGUAUGACGUACAGUAAUGACACAGUCUUUUCAACAGGGAGAAGUUAUCAAUUGUCAGAUAAAUAGUUUUGUAAUCAUCAAUAAUAUUUUUGUGUAGCAUUUGUGGUGCUUUUACAUUCAAAGUAGCCUGCUUCUCAGUUUUGUUGCUGCCACUCGGUAGAAAUGUUGUAUUUUCAAGAAUUUACAGCUUUAAAAAAAUACAGUACAUGUAAAAUUCACAAUUUUCCUUCAUUGAAAAGAUCUAGUUUUACAAAGACCAACAUUUCUCCAAAAUAUUGUAAAAUGAAGGGAUUUCCUUGUGGAAAGAGUUGAAGUAUUCUAUGUUUGAGUUUUAAUGAGGGUGUGUCAGCUUCUUUCUGCUUUGAACACCGUUGAUGAGUACUUGGAAUUCCCCCUUAAUUCUAUCCCCAUAAAGGUGUAGGACCAAGUCCUCAAUCCAUAUUCCAACAUAACAUAAAUUGGGAGAAAAGAGAUGUGGCUAUGUGAUCUGUGAAGGUACACGUGAGCUGUGAAGGUUUGGACUUAAAACUUUCAUGUGGAAAGUUGAUAAAAAAAGUCAGUUUUUCAACUUGUCUUGAGGGGAAAGGGUAUCAUGAACAGGUUAUAGUUACUAUUUAUGAAGUCAAAAUUGUUUUCCAUUUCAAGAUUUGUGUUCCAAAGUGUAUGCAUUUGAAUCCAUAAAAAUAUUGUUUCACUGACAAAAUGAUAUCCAGAAAUAUAUGAAAGACCUAGACAAUAAUUUAUGUCAUAAGGAAUGUUGCUUCACAAAACUGAUGUUGUUUGAUGAAAAAUCAAUGAUACGUCUGUAAAGUAAAAUAUAUCUUGCCCUUACUGCAAUUUUCUUCAGUGAUCUUUUUAAAUUACAUUGUAUAUUAUUCUUUGUGACAUGAAAUAAAUUUUGAUA